GAGAGGAACCGAAAUGCCUCUCUCUGAAAAGGAGAUAGCCGAGUUGAACAACAAAUUGGUCAAUGUAGCUUAGCUCCCUCUCCUCUCUCUCUCUCUCUCUCUCGCGCGCGCGCGCUCUCUCUAGGUUUUUCAUUUCUGGUAGUUAAACACAGCAAACAACACGUCUGAUCUCUCUCUGUCUCUCUCUCUCUCAAGAAGAAGAGGAAGAAGAAGGAGAUGAGGACUUCUUUGAAGAAGCUGCUUCACAGGCACAGCGAGUCCAGGGAUAAAAGAGACCGUCGUCUUCAACAAUCUCGGGAAGAGAUUGCCUCUGCUUCUCAGGACAUGCAAGACAUGAGAGAUUGCUAUGAUAGCUUACUUUCUGCUGCGGCAGCAACAGCAAACAGUGCAUAUGAAUUCUCAGAGUCAUUAAGGGAAAUGGGUGCUUGUCUUCUUGAGAAGACUGCAUUGAAUGAUGAUGAAGAAAGUGGUAAAGUUUUGCUAAUGCUGGGAAAACUGCAGUUUGAACUUCAGAAACUUGUUGACAAUUAUCGUUCUCAUAUUUUCCAGACAAUCACGAUCCCAUCAGAGUCCCUUCUUAAUGAACUUCGAACAGUUGAGGAGAUGAAGAGACAGUGUGAUGAGAAAAGAAGUGUAUAUGAAUACAUGACAACAAGACACAGAGAAAAGGGGAGGUUGAGAAGCAGUAAAGGAGAGAGUUUUUCUUCUCAGCAGUUGCAAGCAGCUCAUGAUGAAUAUGAUGAGGAGGCUACUUUAUUUGUGUUCCGCUUGAAAUCUCUGAAACAAGGACAGUCCCGGAGUCUUCUUACACAAGCUGCUCGGCACCAUGCUGCUCAGUUGUGCUUCUUUAGGAAGGGUCUCAAAUCUCUUGAGACAGUUGAGCCACAUGUCAAAUUGGUCACUCAACAGCAACAUAUUGAUUAUCAGUUCAAUGGACUUGAAGAUGAUGAUGAUGAUGAUGAUGAUGACAGUGAUACUAGUGAUGAUGACUAUGACGACGAUGAUGAUGGUGACUAUAAUGUUCAUGAUGAUAGUGAGUUGAGUUUUGACUAUGGACAAAAUGACCAGGGGAAAAAUGUUUCUUCUACACCAGGAAGCUCAAUGGAGUUGGAUUGUGCGGGCCUUACAUUUCCACGAGUUGCUGAAGUGGAUGCAGCAAAGGAAAAUAUAGAUGGAAACCUUGGUGGGAAUUAUUUUGCCUUCGAUGGAGAACUUAAGGCGAGCAGCCAAUCAGCACCACUUACUGCUGAGAAGAAAUUUGAUCCUGCAAGGUUCAGACAACUACGGCCAUUAUCUUCACGGAAGUUUCACUCAUAUGUACUUCCCACACCAGUUGAAACAAAGAGUCCAGUUUCUAAAGGACAAGGUGCUCAAGAUUCUCGAAUAAGACAGACAAGUUUUAGCAGGGGUACAUUUAACUACAGUCAUUCAUCUCCUUUAGAACAGAAAAAAUAUGAAAAAAUUGUAGGAAAUGAGAGAAUGUCAGGACCUGUUGUCCCAAGUCAAACAUCAGUACUCAAAGAGAGCAAUAAUAAAACUACAUCAACCAGCUUAUCCCCUCCUUUGGCUGAGGAGCUCCCAUCACAUCCGCAUGAUCGACAUCCUAUUUCUGAUGCUAAAAAAAUCAAAAGACUGGCUUUCUCUGGUCCAUUAACAGGUAAGUCAUGGUCAAAAAAGGCAGGUUUAUCUACCAGCAUUCCUUUCGUCUCAACAGGACCACCUAAGCUGUUUUCUGGACCUCUCUUGCGUACACCAAUACCUAGGCCAUCAUCAUCUCAAAAACUAUCUCCAAGUGCUUCCCCUACUUUCACGUCAUCACCUAAAAUAAGUGAACUUCAUGAGCUUCCUAGACCCCCUGCCAAUGCAGCCUCCAAGUUUUCUGCAAGACCUUCGAAUGAAAUCGGUUAUUCAGGCCCGUUGGUGUCAAAAGGUCAAGAGAAUCCUGCUGCAAAUAAAUUGGGGCCCACAGUGGCAUCUCCUCUGCCAACACCUCCUGAGGCAGUUCCUUGUAGUUUUUCCAUAUCCGGGGGGCAAAGAUUGACAGUGUCCAUGCCAUUGGGAGCAUCACAAACUUUGAAGAUGGACCAGAAGGCUGAAGACAUUGCUUCGCCUCCUCUGACACCAAUUUCCAUACCAAAGAUUCAGCCUGCAUCUACAGCUUCAUAGAAACUAGAGGCACAGGUUGAUCUGAUUCGAUACUCUUCUCCAAAUAAUUUUGUUCUUCCAAUUUAGGUGGGAGACAAAGUGUCUCUCUUAUGAUUUGGUACAGGUGCAGGUCUGUAAAUAUGUUGCUUUUGUCUAUUUUUGCCCAUUAUUUUAUUUUAUUUUAUUUUUUAAAUUCACUUUAUUUAUCAUGAUAUGAGCUCUCAGAUGAGGAAUUUUAUAUGAUAUUUUCCACAUUUUUUUAAAAUAAUUAAUUUGCUUAUUGAAUCAAUUAUGUGCUGCAUUUUUAAUAAUGUCUCU